UCCAAUCAGGUGCCAGAACAGCACGGCUCGUAAUUUUGAACAGACGGAGAGCAGCCAGCAAAGCAGAGCGAAGCUGCCAUUCAUAAUCAGUUAAAUACACCCUUCCUCUGAGUAAUGGAUAUGUGUUUUUACCUCUUAUCAUAUCAGAUGAAGUGAAAACUUUAGCGCUGUCUUCUUGUGGUAAUUAUGAGUUCUCAUGUUAUCACUCCUGGACCGUACCGGGCCACAAAACUGUGGAAUGAGGUGACUCGAUUGUUUCGGGCCGGUAUGCCCCUCAGGAAACACCGCCAGAACUUCCGGCACCACUCCUCCUGCUUCACCGCCUCUGCCGCCGUUGACUGGAUGCACCAGAUGCUUCGUAGCAACAGCAAUUUUGGCCCCGAUGUCACCAGGCAGCAGACGGUGCAGCUCCUGAAGAAGUUUCUGAAGAACCACGUGAUCGAAGACGUGAAGGGUCGCUGGGGCACGGAGGAUCUGGAGGACAACACCACGCUGUACAGAUUCCCUUCCAGUUCCCCUCUGAAGCCCAUUCCCUCGGCCCCUGGCUCUAUUAAGAAAAGGCCUUCGUUCAGGGACAAAGAAGGUUUCUUCAGGUUUAGAAAUAUCAAGAAGCAGCAUGAAAAGGAGACACUGGAAAAUGUAGAUCCUGCCCUCCAAGCCGGGGCAGAGAAUCAGCCAACAGGAGAGCAGCAGGCGCCGAGACGAGAGCUGACGGUGGAGGAUGAACAGGAGAUCUGGAGAGACAUCACCCUGACCCACCUGCAGAGGAUUCUGGGCGUUGCAUCUCUUGAUGAGGUUUUAGACCAACGUUAUGUGAACCCACAGAACAUCAUCCAUAACAUGACCAAAGUCAACAAGCAUGGAGUGGUCACACUGGACGACAAGACCAAUGACCUUCCACACUGGGUUUUGUCUGCCAUGAAGAGCCUGGCUAACUGGCCGAAGUACGACAGUGCACAGCCAUCCUAUCCCGGCUUUGAGAGGGAUGUCUUCAAAACGGUGUCCGAUUACUUCUACAGCCUUCCGCAGCCAGUACUCACAUACGAACUGUAUGAACUAUUUAUCAACGUCCUGGUGUUUUGUGGGUACGUCGCUGCGCCCACGACGCACCAACGUGGGAAGCGCAAGAAGCCCGACCUCCCCUCGGCGCCCCCUCCGGCCAAGGCGUAUUUCCGCUCCACAGAGUGUCUCCUCCUGUCGCUGCUCAGACAGGGGGCAUGUGACGAGGCGGAGUCGCCAAUGAGAGAGGUGCUCGGUGGGAAGCUUCAGUCGCGGCUGGCAGCGCUGAAAGGAGGUAUCGCCGGCGCAGGUGACGGUCACUUGGGAGGUAGCUGCAUCUCUCUGAGUCUGAGUACAGUCGGUUCAGCGAGGCCUCAAACCAGGAGCUGCUCGCUGGAAACUAUCCUAGACGACUCCGCCCCUCUCACCAGGCAACGGCUGUUCCUGUCCAAUGACAGCCUGGCAUCCUGCGCCCAUAGCAACAGGAGCCAGGAUGACAGCCCUGCCCUCACCACAUCCCACAGUCGUACAGACUUUACAUCUGUAUCCAAAGCAACCCCCUUUACUUGUGAAAAUGCUCCAGGAGGUACAACCAGAAAUAGACAGUCUGUAGCAGGACUGUCAGUCGGGCAGAGGUUGCGCUCCUUGCGGCCGCACAGCGUCGGCAGCUGUCUGGACAUUGUCAUAGAAACCAAGGAGGAGGAUGUCAAGGAGUCCAAGCUGCAAGGCCGAGCGACCAGCUGCCUUAACGUGAACACUCCUGCAGACCAGCAUCACUUCUUAGCUUCACGCCCUCCCUCGUUGUCCUCCUUUCAUCCCUCCCAUCAUCCUUUCCCCUCCUUUGCUUCAUCUGCUUUGGCCAGAGUACAAGGGUCUCACGCUACUACAGGACCUAGCGGGCCCAGACCCGCCUCCAGUACCUCUGAUCUCUGGACGCACCCCGCACCCGCCGUCGUCCGCCGCUGCAUCAGCUCUCUGGAUGUGUCAAAGCCGUCUCGGCCCGUUUCACUGUUCAAACCGCCUGUCUGUGUGCCCUCCAGCAUCUCCCAGCUCCCCCAACCCAAACCUGAACACAGCCUUCUCCAGCCUCAGUGUGAGCGCGUGACCAUCGAGGCCCUGCAGCUUUGCACCCUCCUCCUCCCCCCCAACUCCCGCAGGAAGCUGCAGCUCCUCAUGAGGAUGAUGUCGCGCAUCAGCCAGAAUGUGGACAUACCCCGCCUCCACCCCGCCAUCGGCACCCGAACACUGAUGGUUCACACAUUUUCAGGCUGCGUCCUAGGCAGCGCUGAGGAGUGUGAUUUGGACGAGCUGUUGGCUACCAGAUUGGUGUCAUUUCUAAUGGAUCAUCAACAAAGCAUCCUCUCGGUCCCAGAGUACCUGCUCAGUGCUAUCAAUGACCAUAUACAGUACCUGCGCACUGUACAGGUCCCGAUCGACGGUGUUUCUAAUGUUGAUGGCGGCAUUCCAGUUUGCGCUCCGAUGCCCAUCUACACGUUCUGCCAUCAGAUUAGCGGCGCUGAGUUUGAACAGCAGAAGCUGGAAUCGUCCCAGAAGGCCAUGGAGGAGUUGCUGGAGAUGCUGCUGACCAACCAAAACAUGAGUGAGAAGGAGAGACGCAAGAAACUGAAGCAGUUUCAGAAGCAGUACCCAGACAUCUACAGUCGGCGGUUUCCCUCUUCAGACGGGGAAAACAAGGCCGACAACAAGCCAAAGAUUAAACCUCCACUCCUCAACAUCAUGAAGACCAAAGCUUUCAGCAUCAGGAACUGAACUAACCGUACAGGUUGUCCCCAUCAUAGAAACCACAGUCACUUCCGCUGCACUAUAACUGCACUGAUAACUAAGAGAUCUGGGAAGUUCACCUCUCUUUGCAGCCAUUAACUUUUUCUUGUUACAUUUGAAAUACUGUUGUUCCCGUUGUGUCUCAUUCAUGUGGUAAUGUGAGAGUUAAUUCAGGCUGGAAGACUUCUACGAUGGUAAAUGUGUGAAUUAGUGUUGUGUGUCUGUGUUGACAGCUGAGUAAGAUGAAGGCAGCUAAACAGACAGUUGCUCCUUAGAGGCGUUCACUUUUAAUUACUGUGUUCAAAUAUGACUUUUAUGAUGCAGUUGUUUUUUGUUUUUUUUUUAAAUGUUCUGGGAGUUUUUGAGUCAAAUCAGUUUUCUUUUCCCCUCACAUGUCUUCUAUAUAACUAGCUGAUACUGAGCUGUUUGUGUGUGUGCAUGUGUGCGAGCUUCAGAUUGCAUUUUGGGAGAAAAAAAACAUGCAAUUCUAAGAUCACUGGUCCAUAUGGGAAUAAUUAGAUUAUAGAUUUCUUAUUUAUAUGAAUGAUGACAUUGGGAACAGAGCUAGAUAUGUAUUUCCUUGAGGUGUUUCUUGUAAUGUUAACUUUUAAUAUAUUAUAGUACUGUUUAUAGACUAAACAUUUUAGAUCAUAGAAUCUCAAGUUUAGUUUGAAAUGAUCGUUGAACCCAUUUCUCCAAAUUUUCAUUCUUGUCCUUAGACUCUUUUUCUUUUCUUCCCCCUGUUGCUUUCAUUUGUGUGGUGUGCUUUUAAAGCGUUUUUUUACGGUACUGUUUGGGGUUUUCUCAUUGGGGAUCUUUUGAUUUUCAGGAUCUCAGCCUUUUCAUGUACAACUCAGUCAUUUUUAAAUGUACCUCGUCUUUCCCAGUUUCUGUUAUUCCUCCUUGUGUGUGUGUGUGUGUGUGUGUGUGUCUCAUCUUGAACCCAUCCCUGCUUAGUUUAUUGGAUAGAGACAUGUUUUGCACUGGAUAUAGGCUUUUUAAAUGGCCAGUAAGCUUAAGCCAAUCAUCAGAAUAGUUAAUUUAUACAUAUUUAAUCCAUAUUAGACUCCCUAAAGAAGAUUUCAGCAGACACCUGUCAAAUUUUGGGUAAACUGUUGCUACUGCUUAUUAAUACAACCUCAUGAGGUGUUUUCUCAACAACUACAACAUUAAUCAUUUGAAAGCAGUGAGGUGACUAUUGGCUGUACCUAUUGCCUCUGAAAGAAGCUAGUGUCGGAUGGCAUCCAUUCAUUUCCAUGAUGGGUGCUAACAGGUAUUUAGUGAACAGAAAUGCAACACAAAAAGAUUUUAAGCUGUUUUUUUUAUUUAUCUUAUAUGAAGUAUUAGUUCUGCUCUGAUAUGUUUGUCUAUACCUCAGAUCACCUCCGAGUGUGUGUGUGUGUGUAUGUGUAUCCAUAUCACUCAUUAGCAAUGUUUUUGGCAAAGACUUUUACAGAGGAGUGUUAUAUGGUACUCCAUGUUUACUAUGCAAAGUCCUUGGAAAUAAAUCUGUUCAGCUCUUCUAUUUCAA